AUGGGGCUGGAGAUGGAGGCGAUGGCGGCGUCGAUCGGCGUAUCGGUGCCCGUGCUCCGGUUCCUGCUCUGCUUCGCGGCCACCAUCCCGACGAGCCUCCUGUGGCGCGCGGUGCCCGGCGCCACGGGGCGCCACCUCUACGCGGGGCUCACGGGUGCCGCGCUCUCCUACGUCUCCUUCGGGGCCGCGUCCAACCUCCUCUUCGUCGUGCCCAUGACGCUCGGUUACCUCGCCAUGCUUCUUUUCCGUCGCCACGCCGGGCUCAUCACUUUCCUCGGCGCCUUCGGCUUCCUCAUCGCAUGGUGA